CAAAACCACACUUUUUAAUAUUGUCCUUCUUCCAAUGGAGAAUGAAGCUUCUCAACCACCAAUCAAGAUUGUAAUAGAUGCUUCUAUCACCACAACGACCACCACCACCACCACCAAGCAUUCAUCACUUUUCUCCAUUUUAACCACCCUCCAUGCAGGUUACUUUAGAAUAAGCCUCUCCCUGGGCAGCCAAGCUCUCUUAUGGAAAGCCCUAAUCGAGCACGCCAACGACAUUCGUGCUCUCCAUGCUGUCUUUCACAUCCUCCCUUCCACCGCCUUCCUCCUCAUCUGGUGGCUCGCUUUAUCGACUCUUGUCACACUUUCUCUUCUCUACCUCCUCCGAUGCUUCUUUCACUUCCCUAUGGUGAAAUCUGAGUUCUCUCACCACGUUGGCGUCAACUACCUCUUUGCUCCCUCGAUAUCCUGGCUUCUUUUGCUUCAAUCAUCACCGUUCAUCGUCCCAAACACCGUCUCCUACCAAAUCCUAUGGUGGGUAUUCAUCGUUCCAGUGAUAGCUCUCGAUUUGAAGAUAUAUGGACAGUGGUUCACGACGGAGAAGCGGUUUUUGUCUGUGUUUGCGAACCCGACGAGUCAGAUAUCGGUGAUAGGAAACUUGGUUGGAGCUUGGGCCGCGGCAGAGAUGGGGUGGAGAGAGAGUGCUAUGUGUACAUUUACACUUGGAGCUGCACAUUAUUUGGUGGUAUUUAUUGCUCUUUAUCAGCGGUUAUCAGGCAGUCAUCGACUUCCGGUGAGGCUCCGGCCGGUUUUCUUCUUGUUCGUGGCUGCUCCCAGCAUAGGGAGCUUGGCUUGGAACUCUAUCUGUGGGACUUUUGACACACCAUGCAAAAUGCUCUUCUUUCUCUCCCUCUUCCUUUUCACUUCUCUGGCUUGCAGACCAGCACUUUUCAAGAAAUCAAUGAGAAGGUUCAACGUUGUAUGGUGGGCUUACUCAUUUCCACUAACUUUUCUUGCCCUAGCCUCGGUCGAGUAUGCUAAGCAAGUCAAAGGCAUCGUAGCACCCGGAUUAAUGCUUGUGUUGUCCGUGCUCUCUGUUAUAGUUUUCCUUUCCUUGAUGGUGUUCACUGCACUCAACACUAACGUGCUUUUGCGUGAAAACGAUCCAAGUUUAACUUUUAGUUGUACUUUAAGAACAAAAGCUUAAAUUUGGCUUGUGAUGUCCAAUGUCAAUGGUACUCUUUCGCUCCUUUGAAAAAAGAGAAAAAUGUAAUACUUCAAAUUUUUCUACAAAAUUUAUUUUUAGAAUAAUAUAGCAGUGGCAAAAUUGUA